AUGUUCGUCAAGUCUGCCGUCGUCGCGCUUUUCGCGGCCUUUGCUGCUGCCCAGCUCCACCCGCCCGUUGGCGACAAGCCCGAGGGCAACCCCAUCACGCGCCCCUUGAACGAGGCCGUCGAGGCGGGCAAGCCCUUCACCAUCACCUGGCAGCCGACCGAGCCCGGCCACACCGUCUCCCUGUUGCUCCUUAAGGGCCCCUCCAACAACGUCGUCCCCGUCGGCGAGCCCAUUGCUGAGGGUAUCCCCAACAGCGGCAGCCUCGUGUGGACUCCUCCCGCCGAGUUUGGCCCCGGCAUCACCGAGACCACCGGCUACGGCAUCCAGAUCAUCGACGACGUCACCGGCAAGUACCAAUACUCGACCCAGUUCGGCAUCACCGUCCCUGAGGGCUACAAGCCAUCCAGCACCCCCUCUGGCUACCCUACUGGCACUCCCUCGGCCUCCAAGAACGCCAGCACCAAGGCCCCGACCGCCACUGCCACCAUCUCGGCCUCCUACACCGGCAUCCUCAGCACUGGCGCCCCCAUCUCCAACUCCAGCAUCAUUCAGCCCACCAAGCCCAUCACUGUGCCCUCCUCUCUCAAGACCACCACUUACCCCACCGGCCCGACCACGCCCACCUCCUCUGGUGUCACUCCUGCUGAUUCCACCGGUGCGGCGGGCCAGCUCAAGGCUGGUCUCGGUCUUGCGGCCGGUGUUGCUGGUCUUUUCUUCAUGCUAUAG